CCGGUGCUGUACCGCUAGGAACGGGCGUAUUGAAAAAAAGAAGAGGUUCCCCACGAUCUGAUCAAACAGUUGCAAAUAUCCGGGAUUCUAUUGCAGUAUCGGAUUAGGCAGAACAGACCAGAAUCUCCUGAGAGAAAGUAUAACAAUUAUGAAACUGGCUUCGUGAAUUUUUUAUUUGUGUACUUUUAUUAUACACUUUCCUGUUUGUCUCUGUUUUUUUUCCAGAAACUGUCUCAGUAUGUUCAGACACAUCAGGAAUAAUAAUGUAUUUGUGGCCUUGGACGUGAAGCAAUCAGUCUUCUGUUGCUGUUAACUACCGUCAGGGACUGAUGUUGUGGGAAGCAUGGACCUAAUGAACGGGCAGGCAAGCAGUGUUAAUAUUGCUGCUACUGCUUCUGAGAAAAGUAGCAGUUCUGAGUCAUUAAGUGACAAAGGUUCUGAAUUGAAGAAAAGCUUUGAUGCUGUGGUGUUUGAUGUCCUUAAGGUUACACCAGAAGAAUAUGCGGGUCAGAUAACGCUAAUGGAUGUUCCAGUAUUCAAAGCCAUUCAACCAGAUGAGCUUUCAAGUUGUGGAUGGAAUAAAAAAGAAAAAUACAGUUCUGCACCAAAUGCAGUUGCCUUUACAAGAAGAUUUAAUCAUGUAAGCUUUUGGGUUGUUAGAGAGAUUCUUCAUGCUCAAACAUUAAAAAUUAGAGCAGAAGUUUUGAGCCACUAUAUUAAAACUGCUAAGAAACUAUACGAGCUGAAUAACCUUCAUGCACUUAUGGCAGUGGUUUCUGGCUUACAGAGUGCCCCAAUUUUCAGGUUGACUAAAACAUGGGCGUUAUUAAGUCGAAAAGACAAAACUACCUUUGAAAAAUUAGAAUAUGUAAUGAGUAAAGAAGAUAACUACAAAAGACUCAGAGACUAUAUAAGUAGCUUAAAGAUGACACCUUGCAUUCCCUAUUUAGGUAUCUACCUGUCAGAUUUAACAUACAUUGAUUCAGCAUACCCAUCAACUGGCAGCAUUCUAGAAAAUGAGCAAAGAUCAAAUUUGAUGAAUAACAUCCUUAGAAUAAUUUCUGAUUUACAGCAGUCCUGUGAAUAUGAUAUCCCCAUGUUGCCUCACGUCCAAAAAUACCUGAACUCCGUUCAGUAUAUAGAAGAACUACAAAAGUUUGUGGAAGAUGAUAAUUACAAGCUUUCAUUAAAGAUAGAACCAGGGACAAGCACACCACGUUCUGCUGCUUCCAGGGAGGAUUUAGUAGGUCCUGAAGUAGGAGCAUCUCCACAAAGUGGAAGAAAAAGUAUGGCAGCUGAAGGAGCCUUGCUACCACAGACACCACCAUCCCCUCGGAACCUGAUUCCACAUGGACAUAGGAAGUGCCAUAGCUUGGGUUAUAAUUUCAUUCAUAAAAUGAACACAGCAGAGUUUAAGAGUGCAACGUUCCCAAAUGCAGGGCCAAGACAUCUAUUAGAUGAUAGCGUCAUGGAGCCCCAUGCACCAUCUCGAGGCCAAGCUGAAAGCUCUACUCUUUCUAGUGGAAUAUCAAUAGGUAGCAGUGAUGGCUCUGAACUAAGUGAAGAGACUUCAUGGCCUGCUUUUGAAAGGAACAGAUUAUACCAUUCUCUCGGCCCGGUGACAAGAGUGGCACGAAAUGGCUAUCGAAGCCACAUGAAGGCCAGCAGUUCUGCAGAAUCAGAAGAUUUGGCAGUACAUUUAUAUCCUGGAGCUGUUACUAUUCAAGGUGUUCUCAGGAGAAAAACUUUGUUAAAAGAAGGCAAAAAGCCUACAGUAGCAUCUUGGACGAAAUAUUGGGCAGCUUUGUGUGGGACACAACUUUUCUACUAUGCUGCCAAAUCUCUAAAGGCUACAGAAAGAAAACACUUCAAAUCAACAUCAAAUAAGAACGUGUCUGUAGUAGGAUGGAUGGUGAUGAUGGCUGAUGACCCGGAACAUCCGGAUCUCUUCUUGCUGACUGACUCUGAGAAAGGAAAUUCAUACAAGUUUCAAGCUGGCAAUAGAAUGAAUGCAAUGCUGUGGUUUAAGCACUUGAGUGCAGCCUGCCAAAGUAACAAACAACAGGUUCCUACAAACUUGAUGACUUUUGAGUAAAAGCCUGAUAGAAAACAAGGUGAACUGUUAUCUUAAGUGAAAGCAAGGACCUGAUGAAAGAGCGCCAGCUAUAAACCAAUCCUGUGCCAGGAAGAGCCCAGAGGUUCCAUCUCAGCCUCUGGAGUUCUGAACCAAAAAAGCACUAAUUUCAGGGAAUGAAGUGAGAUAUUCCCAGAGAACAAAUUGGAGUUGCAAAACAAACUGCCAUGGACCAUGCUUCUUAUCUCUGAACUGACCUGUGGAAACCACUGCCUUAAAAGAAUGAAAGGAAAACCAACAUGAAACACCAAAUAGUGUGUGUGAAUCUUCUGGCGGUGCUGUGCUUGGAAUAGAUCGUAGCUAAUUUGCAUUUCUUUUAACUUUGUACUAAUUUUGGAGGGGAGAAUCACCUUUUUUUAGAUACACUUUAAAAAGAAAAACAUAUUUCUUAUGGGUUACAUUAGGAGCUGGUUUUGAAGUGAGGUGUAAAGCUACUCCAGCUUAGUAGGGUUCUACCAGCAGCCUAGCGGAAAGGUUUGCUUGAGCUUCCAUUAGUCUGCAGCCUCACUCGCUUUUUCACGGCAAGAGUGUAGGAAUUAGAAAUAUUAAUAAUGUGAGUUGUUGGAGUUUGUUUGGGAUUUGGGGGGGUUGUUUUGGAUGGGGGGAGAUUUUUUAAAACACUAAACUUCUGAAAUUUAGUACUGUUUGGGGUACAUUAUUUCCUGCAGGAGGUAUAAAGGCUGAGUGUUCAUAUGCCAGACACUUUUUUCAAGUGGGCUCCAGAAAACAUGGUUGUUUUUAACUGGGUUUAAAGCUUGGCCUUCUAUAUGAAUUCAUUGUUGGACCACAGAUCUGCUUAGUAGAGAACUGUAAUCCCAACCUAAACUUUUCUAAGAAGAUUUUACAAUAACUACAUUUUUCAAGUGAAUUGGAUUAUCCCUUCUAUCACUCACAGGUGAUUUUUAUCAUCAAGGGUGAUGUAUUGAUAUUUUAUCAGGAUAGUUUCUUUUACAGUGUUUCAUGUGCACAAUGCCAGUUAUUUUUUUGUUAUUCAUUUUCAUUAUUUUUGCUCAGUAUGAGAUUCAGGAUCACAUUUGUUUAAAAGAGAGUCUACGUAUGUAUGUAUGCAUGUAUGUAUUUUAUUAUAAGGCAUACAGAAUAAUUUUCAAAGGGAAAAAGGUGAAAGACUGAGAUGCUGGGAAUUUUAAGUAUCAAAACUUUCCUUCCUACUUAACCUUCCUUUAUUACAAACAUUUUUCUCUAAACUUACUAUAGGUCCUUACGAUGAAACCAUAUUUUGUCAGUAGUUGAUCAAGCAGUUUUGUGAGAGCUCUUUUAUGCAAUAAUGCAUUUAGCUUUUGAAAUAAAUGUUGAGUUACAAAAACAGUUUGAAGGUGAAAUGCCUUAGAGUUUUAACAAAAAACUGGCACUUGAACAAAGGCUGUGUGUUGGAUGUUACAAACUCAUGAGGCAUCAUGAAUUUCGGCCGUGGCCCAGAGUAAGAAGUGCUUUUUGACUGGUAACUUCUAAUAGACUUCUAUUACUUUGGGCCUCACGUAAAAUUUUUCAGAUUGUAUUCUUGGAGAAUUUUAUGCUUUUUUUUAAUCAUAAGUAUUUCAUACUUGAAUCCAUGAAACUUAAAUAGAAAAUAUUGCUUAUUAGAAUAAUUAGCUAAAAAAUCUAUCCAUUGGAAAGUAGAAGAGCUUUCCCUGAGUGCUUAGUUUUUAAAUUUAGUUUUCUGUUUGGAAAGGAUAGUAAGAGUUCAAAUAUCUUUCUCAUAUAGCACAGUUAGAAAUACCAUUACUUCUGGUUCUGUGGAAAGUGACAUGAGCUGGAAGAGGGCAAUAUGUGGCCUGUGCUAGUGAUUUUAUCUCCCAGCAUAGCCCACACUGGGCACUGAGAAGAGGCCCUCUGCAUAACCAGCAUAGCAGUAUUACUCUGUAGACCUUGCACAUCUGACUUUUGUUUUAAUUUUCUUGUUUAUUUCUCUUCAGAAAUAAGUGUUUUUAACAGUGUAUGUGCUUUUUAAAAAACACUGUGGAUGAAAACCCUGUGGAUUUUUUAUUACGUUUUCUGUUUGUCAUAAAUAAGCUAAAGUAGAUAAGUUUCUGUGGAGAUAACGCACCUGGAAGUCAGAGCCUGACAGCCCACAGUUUUGCCAAAGAGAGAGCUCCACUGGAAGAUGUGUUUGAUAUUUUCAGCGCUAAACGUGAGGCUGCUUGUGCAGAGUGAGAACAGUGCUGAGGUUUGGUGACUAAGUCCAUGUAUAGAUCUGUGGCCUCUGACCGACUGAAACUGAACCGUGCAGCGGAAGUCACCAUUAUUUUUCUGUCUUCAAAUUUGUCCAUUCAAAAGAUUGCUCAUUGCUUUUUAAGAUGAAUUUAGCAUUUGAAGCAAAGACCAGUGAAGGAAGUGAAUUAAAGUAGUAUAGGUGAAUUUUUUAUCUGUAAUUCACCAAAUGAGACCUAAUAAUAAUUCAAGCAAAAAUAAAUGUUACCAAAAUAUAUUAAAUAUUUAGGCAGUAUAUUAGUGGGAAGGUGAAAUUUUUCUCCUCUUGUUAAGCCUGCCCUUAAUAAAUUUGUAAAGUAGCGACUCAAAAGCUUGAAAUUUCCACCAAUAUUAAGCUCAUUUGUUUCUCUCCAAGUCAAGAAGACCUCAUUGGAAAUUCCAUUAUAAUUUAAAUUUAAGCUAGUUUUUGAUAAACAUAAUGAUUGGUAUAUUAUCCAGCCUGGUGUAAUAGUAUAAUACCACCCAAAAUACAGUUUGAGGCACAUCUUAUUUAACAGUUUGUUUGAACAUGGAAGCUUAUUUUUCAUGAGGAAGUAACAUAACAGUUUUUAAAAUACAACUAUAAAAAUAACUGCUGACCUUGAAGAGCACUGUUUUUGGUCUCAUGCCCCCUCUUUGUUUGAGUUCUGCUUAUUUUUUUCAGAGGCUUUAUUUUUACCAUACCUCCAAACUGUAAGAAUUAAAAGAACCGAUCAAACACA